UCCCAGAGCUUUAAAUACCAAAAAACAGAGCAUUCAUCUUCACAAACCCAUUUUUUCUUCACAAUUCUCUCCAUCUUCACACAACACACAAUGCUUUUCAACCAAAUUUCACAAUAAUCAAUCCUAUCAAUCCUCAGUUUCUCAACAAUUUAUUUUCAACAAAGAGUUAACUAAUUUUGCUACUGGUUGAUGAACCUGUUAGGGCUUGUAUCUUGAGAAAUUAUGGAUAGAUUAGAGAAGAGUGGAGUUGUAGGGUUUAAACAACCGGAAACAACAACAGAUUUGUUUCUAAAAUGGGGGAAUAAGAAGAGGCUUAGGUGUGUAAGGAUGAGAGAUCCGGACGAUGCUGCAGAUCCGUCGUAUGCCGUUUCCGGCCGCCGGAGGAUUCGCCGGAGAAUUAACUCCAGAUUUGUUACGUUUCCGUCCGAUAAUAACAACAACAACCACAGCCACAAUAAUAAUUAUAAUAACAAUAAUAAUAUUAAACAACAAGCUUCUGUUCCAUCACAACAUACUCGUCUCACAAGGAAUUCUGAAACGGCGGUUAAUCUGAGAUCGGAGAGUCACCGGAAACCGUCACCGGAGAAGGAGGUGAGUAGGCCUACUGUAUCUCCGGUGGACGGUGGUGUAGGGGAUCAAAAGGUGAAACACGUGUGGCCAAAACUGUACAUAACAUUAUCAAGCAAAGAGAAAGAAGAAGAUUUCAUGGCAAUGAAAGGUUGUAAGCCUUCUCAUAGACCUAAAAAGAGACCCAAAGCCAUUCAAAGAAGUUUGCUUUUGGUGAGUCCUGGAGCAUGGUUGACUGAUAUAUGUCAAGAUAGAUAUGAUGUCAUAGAAAAGAAGAAUACCAAGAAGAGACCAAGGGGAUUGAAGGCCAUGGGAAGCAUGGAGAGUGAUUCAGAAUGAUGAAUGUGUACACACCCAUCUAUUUUUGUAAAUGUGUUAUUUCAUUUUUUUAAUAUUAAUUAAAAUGAAAAUUUAUUUCUUCAUUCAUUA